AUGGUUCAUCAUAGAGUUACAAUUAUUGGUUCAGGACCAGCGGCUCAUACUGCUGCCAUCUACUUAGGCCGUGCAGAGAUACCUCCUACGAUGUAUGAGGGUCUUAUGGCCAACGGUAUUGCUCCUGGCGGUCAAUUAACUACCACCACAGAGAUUGAGAAUUUCCCCGGUUUCCCAGAUGGUUUAAUGGGUGGAGAACUAAUGGAUCGCAUGAAACAACAAUCUGUGAAAUUCGGUAACAAUGUUAUCACCGAGACAGUCUCUAAACUGGAUCUAUCAUCUAGACCAUUUAAAUUAUGGACCGAGUUCAAUGAAGAUGCAGAACCUGUCACUACAGAUGCUGUGAUCAUUGCUACAGGUGCGUCUGCCAAGAGAUUGCACUUACCAGGCGAGGAAACAUACUGGCAGCAAGGUAUCUCAGCAUGUGCUAUUUGUGAUGGCGCUGUACCUAUCUUUAGAAACAAACCACUUGCUGUUGUGGGUGGUGGUGAUUCGGCUUGUGAAGAAGCUCAAUUCUUAACCAAAUAUGGUUCCAAAGUCUUUAUGAUUGUUAGAAAGGAUCAUUUAAGAGCCUCAACAAUCAUGCAGAGACGUGUUCAAAAGAAUGAGAAGAUUGAAGUUGUCUUUAACACUGUUCCUUUGGAGGCUAAAGGUGAUGGUAAAUUCCUUAAUGCAGUUGGUUUAAAGAAUGUUCAAGAGAAUAAAGAAUACGAUUUACCUGUGAAUGGUCUAUUUUAUGCUAUUGGACACAGUCCCGCCACAGAGAUAGUUAAGGGCCAAGUCGACAUGAAUGAUGCUGGUUACAUCAAGACUGUGUCUGGUUCUUCUUUGACGUCUGUUCCAGGUUUGUUUGCUGCUGGUGAUGUCCAGGACUUCAAGUACAGACAGGCCAUUACAUCUGCAGGGACAGGUUGCAUGGCGGGUCUGGAUGCCGAAAGGUUCAUUUCUGAACAGGACUAG